UAUACCGACGCAGCAGUCGACGGCUCAGUGAUAAUAUCGCGCGCCACACGUCAACGUGAACCAAUAAUAGACUACGGAUCCGCAGCAGUCGUCGCCGCCGCCGCCACCGCCGCGUACGCCUAUAAUCAGUUCAUCGCCGAUACAGUUUUCACUUUUCCGAACGCAUAAAUAUAAAUAAAUACCGUUUCGUAUAUUAUAUUGUUUUUUGCUCGGCAAACCGAUUUUUUUCGCACUCACGAACCUUCGACGUCGUUUCGUUUUUGUCCGCGACGCCCUUGUACACGUAAUUAUUUGCGAUAGUAAUAUAAUAAGCCAUUUUUUUCCGAUUAUUAAUCUUCGAGCUCGUUUCUUCCGUCGUACAUGACGUGCGAGACUGUGACCAAAUGUGCUGCGUGGUGAUCGGCACCGCUGGCAUGCAGGACGACGAUCACCACAACCUUCUCCACCAUCAGCACCACAACAACAGCAACCGUCAUCACCAACAACACCACCGCAGCAGUAGCACCAGCAGCAGUGGUAGCGGUAGCAUCGGCGGAGGCGCUGUGCACCUGGCCACCUCGACCACCUCAUCCGCCGCAGCUGCGGCCGCAGCGGCCGCCGUGUUUCUGCCCGUCUACGAUUUCAGCCGCCGAUACCAGGCUGCCUUGGAUUCGGUUGCCAUGCAUCAGGUCGUCAGCCCGCUGGACUUAAGGGGCGUCGGUGGUGGUGGCGGCGCCGCAUCCGCCGCCACCGUGAUGGUGCAGGCCGGCUCGAGGCCGGCGUCGGUGUCACCGCCGUGCAGCGUCGGCUCGGCCGAGACGACGGACGUCAACGUGGAUUCAGCCGACGACGAUGACGAUUACGACGCAGCAGCCGUCGCAGCCGGGUGUAACGACAACAACAACGGCGGUGGCCGCCGCAGCAAGACGACGUCGCCGGGCGCACAAGCAGGUGGCGCGUGCAGCGAAGACGGUGACAAGACGUCGGGCACUGGUAACGGAUCGCCCGUCAAGCCACCGUACAGUUACAUAGCGCUGAUUACCAUGGCCAUACUUCAGUCGCCGCACAAGAAGCUCACGCUUAGCGGAAUUUGCGAGUUCAUCAUGUCUCGGUUCCCGUAUUACCGCGACAAGUUCCCGGCCUGGCAGAACUCUAUCAGGCACAACCUGUCACUCAACGACUGCUUCAUCAAGAUUCCUCGGGAACCAGGCAACCCGGGCAAGGGCAACUACUGGACGCUGGACCCGAUGGCCGAGGACAUGUUCGACAACGGCAGCUUCCUUCGCCGGCGCAAGCGGUACAAACGCAUGCAGGCCCCGUCGGACUUUUUCAUCCACCGAGGGGGCGACCACCAUCACCAGCACCAUCCGCACCAUCCCCAUCACCAUCCGCACCACAAUCACUUUGCCGCGGCCGCGGACCCGUACUCGGUGUUGCACCACCACCAUCACUACCCUUACCAUCAUCUCGGGCCACCUCCGCCACAUCUACAGCCGCCGCACCCUUCGCAGUCCCAGGCACAGCCUCUGCAGCAGCAGCAACAGCAGCAAGGCACUCAGUCACAGCAAUCCUCGCCGACGCAGCCUGCGGCCGCCAUGCAGCCGCUGCAGUUGCCGGCCGCUGAGCUGGCGCGCAUAACGUUUGGUCUGAACCUGCUGCACAACGGACAAGUGGCCGCUGCCGCAGCUGCAGCAGCUGCAGCAGCCGCGUACAAACCGCAACAGCCAUCACAGCCACUGGCGUUGCACCAGCACGGCAAUCUGUUACAGCCGUCGUACGCGACCACUGUAGUGGCCGGCGGCGGCCGGUUGGCUGUCAAACAGCCGUCCACCGGGUUCAGCAUCGACUCCAUCAUGGGCAAGAGGCCGUCACCAGCUGGGCCGCCGACCAACUUGUCACCGGCCCGACCCGGUGGCCGUCACCCGCUGCAGUAGCGCGAGCUGGACGAUGACGAUGAAGACGACGGCCACGACCACCGUGAUCACCGAAGUAGCCGUCACCAUGACGCCGCGGUCGUCUCGCCGCAGCCGUCGGCCAGGCAGAAUUUCGAUUCGGCGUUCACACCGCUCCAGCAGACCACGUGGGCCAGGUGAUGAUGUGACCGCCGCCACCACGCGGUCACGUGUCACUCAACGCAUGACAUGGUAAAAAUGAAAUUUUUACUGUUUUGUCAUGCGGAGGACGUGCCGAACGAUUAAAUGUACCAACAAACAGCUUGUUAAAGCAAUAUCGAAGAUUCGUAAAGCCGUAGUGCAGACGAAUCGUACUGAUGCACAGUCGGUGUCAUUUCUCAUCUAGUCCCAAUUUGUCCAACAACCCUAUUACAAUUCAGACGUAUGAUUAUAUACAUUAUACAAUACUUAUGUAAUAAACAUAUACUUAUUUAUAUCUUAUAAAUGCGAUUUAGUAUAAUUAUCGUAAUAGUA